UUCCUUUGGAACAAUUUAAGUGUAAAGUUUAAUGAAAGCGUAAAAAUGUAUUUUACGCAUUUGAUUUAUGUUCUUUUUAUUUGUGCUGUGGCCGCUGAUGAUGGUUAUGAGCACUACGGUCAAGUCAAGGGCUGGUUAAAGGUCCACGGUACACCCACAACAUGGAGGACAGCACGCUUGACCUGCUUCGAGGAAGGUGGUGUGCUAGCUUCGCCAGAAAAUGAGGCCCUUCUUGAGGCCAUGAGCGGCGCUAUGCUGGCUCACCCCAAAACGCCUUCCUACGUCUUCACCGGCAUCCACGACACAUUCUCUAAAGGGCUCUUUUAUUCUCUGGGAGGUACUCCUCUGAAAAAGAUACCCGUACCAUGGGCGCCCGGCAAACCCGAGUCCAAGAACGUUGAGUCCUGCGUCAGCAUGCAUUACGAUGGAAUGCUCGUUGACAGCGUCUGCACCGACGAACUGCCCUUCAUUUGCUUCAAGAAGGACGUCAUCCCUAAGGUCCCCAAAUGUGGUCCUGAGGACAACGGUUACAUUUACAACGCCAAAAUCGGCAGUUGCUACAAGUUCCACAGGGAAGACAAAUGGUGGAAGGACGCCUUCGCCUCCUGCGACAGCGAGGGUGCCUACCUGGCCAUCAUCAACAGUGACGACGAAGCUGAAGUGCUGAAGAAGCUGUUCAAAGCCAACCAGUUUGGUCGCAGGGAAGGCCAAGUGCCCGAUUGGGUCAAUGGAGUAGCUCACAUCGGGUUUGUCGACUGGGGCAGGGAAGGAGGCUUGUGGAUGACUAUUCAUGGUCAAACCCUCGAAGACGCCGGUUACUUGAAGUGGAACCACGGCGAGCCGAACAAUGCAACGAACCAGUUCUGCGGCGCCAUGUUCCUUAACGGGCGUUUCGACGACGUCAACUGCUACGAUGGCGACCCGGACCAGUGGACCCGCUCCUUCAUCUGUGAAAAGCAGCCGGUGUACGUACAGGAGACGCCCGAGUAUGACAACAUGGUUACUAACUCUUAUUAA